UUAUAAAAAUUAAAAAAAUAUCACUUUUAAACUAUAGAAACUAAAAGAUAAUCAAAAUACAAAUUAUAAAAAUUAAAAAAACCACAAAUUAUAAGGACUAAAACAUACAAAUUAUGAAACUAUAAAAAUUGAAUUACUAAUUAAACUAAAAAAAUAAAAUAAAUAACAGAAAUACAACUACUAACUACCAUAAAUAUAAAUUUAAAACCAAGGCAAAAACAUUGAACCGUUGUCACUUGUCCUUGUGGAGGAAGGAAUGGAGGGUGGUGACGUUGGGCGCUGGGUGUUGGAGUUCCUUCUUCGAAGUCGGAAACCACUAGUGUAAAGACACAACAACCAUAAUUUCGGAUUUGUUAAUAUUAUAAGGCUUGUAUAUGCAUAGAGAGUAAGCUUUUAAUAAUCCGUUGGAAGUGAACGAGACACUGAUUGAAGAACAAAGUAGAUAUGCAGAUGUACCUUGCCCACAUGUUAUUAAUAACAAUGAGGCUGAUACGAUGGGAAAGGAUAAAACUUAUGUCCCUAGGCCAAGUUUAUUGGAAAGAAAUUUAACGAUUUUAUUUUUGUUACCUGAUUCCACUCUUUUUUAGAUACUAGUUAUUUCAUAAUUAAAAUGUAUAUAAUUUAAUGCUCUAAGUCUAAGUCGUUGUUUUUGAAACCAACAAGUAGAAAAAAAGGUUGGGACAUGGAAUUGGAAGACAAGUUGGAGUGUGGUGGUCUGUUUUAAAAUCCAACACUUAAUCUCUCUCUUCGCAGCCUAAAAUCCCAAUGGCUUCACUCUCUGUUUUGCGCCACAACCACCUCUUCUCGGGCCCCCUCCCGGCCCGCCCCAAGCCCACCUCCUCCUCCUCCUCCAGGAUCCGAAUGUCCCUCCGCGAGAACGGCCCCUCCAUCGCCGUCGUGGGCGUCACCGGCGCCGUCGGCCAGGAGUUCCUCUCCGUCCUCUCCGACCGCGACUUCCCCUACCGCUCCAUUCAUAUGCUGGCUUCCAAGCGCUCCGCUGGCCGCCGCAUCACCUUCGAGGACAGGGACUACGUCGUCCAGGAGCUCACGCCGGAGAGCUUCGACGGUGUCGACAUCGCGCUCUUCAGCGCCGGCGGCUCCAUCAGCAAGCACUUCGGCCCCAUCGCCGUCAAUCGUGGAACGGUCGUGGUCGACAACAGCUCCGCGUUUCGGAUGGACGAGAAGGUGCCUUUGGUAAUUCCCGAAGUGAACCCCGAAGCAAUGCAAAACAUCAAAGCCGGAACGGGAAAGGGCGCACUCAUUGCUAACCCUAAUUGCUCCACCAUUAUAUGCUUGAUGGCUGCUACCCCUCUUCAUCGACGUGCCAAGGUGUUACGUAUGGUUGUUAGUACCUAUCAGGCUGCGAGUGGUGCUGGUGCUGCUGCAAUGGAAGAGCUUGAGCUGCAAACUCGUGAGGUGUUGGAAGGAAAACCACCCACUUGUAAAAUAUUUAACCGACAGUAUGCUUUUAAUCUAUUCUCACAUAAUGCGUCUGUUCUUUCAAAUGGAUAUAAUGAAGAAGAAAUGAAAAUGGUCAAGGAGACCAGGAAAAUCUGGAAUGACAAGGAUGUUAAAGUAACUGCCACAUGCAUACGAGUUCCCAUCAUGCGAGCUCAUGCUGAGAGUGUGAAUCUUCAAUUUGAAAGACCCCUUGAUGAGGACACUGCAAGAGAUAUUCUGAAAAAUGCUCCAGGUGUAGUGGUUAUUGAUGAUCGUGAAUCCAAUCAUUUUCCUACUCCACUGGAAGUGUCAAACAAGGAUGAUGUUGCUGUUGGUAGGAUUCGGCAGGACCUGUCUCAGGAUGGGAAUCAAGGGUUGGACAUCUUUGUAUGUGGGGAUCAAAUUCGCAAGGGAGCUGCACUUAACGCAAUCCAGAUUGCUGAGAUGUUGCUAUGAGUUCUGGUUUUUCAAGGAUCUGGUACUUAAAGAUUAUGCUUCUUUUGAAACAGUUUUGUAUGUGCUAGUUGUAUGUGGUUAUUCAUUUCUUUUGUGAUGUUUAACUAGUCCAAGUAUCUUUUCAACGAUGUGGUAGCACACUAGCUGGAAACAGUUUUUUUAAGGUCUUGGUGCGUAAUAUCUGCAAUCCUUUUCACCGGGAAUAACAAGCACUGGUUAUGGCAAAGGAGAGUAACCUAAUGUUUAAUCUUUUGAAUAAAGAAUUUGUUGAGCAGUUUUAUAUCAA